AGCAACGCACGAAACAGAGCAACACAAGAAGAAUGAUCACUUUCAAGAACCACAUUUCCUUGACACUCUUCUCUCUCCUCUCCGUCUUCUCUCUCCUCACCCAGUCCCAAACAACGCCACCGCCGUUGUACGCGGUGGGCCCGGGUGGUAACGAAGGAGGACGGUGGGCCGUACUCCAGAAAUCCAUUGGCGUCUCAGCCAUGCACAUGCAACUCCUGAGAAACAACAAGGUCGUAAUCUUCGACUGCACCGAUUUCGGCACGUCAAAUCUCUCUCUCCCGACCGGAAAAUCCCGCCGUCGCAACGACGCCGUCGUAAAGCUCGACUGCUCCGCCCACUCCGUCUUGUACGACGUCGCUUCCAACACCUACCGUCCCCUAACCGUCCAAACCGACGUCUGGUGCUCCUCCGGCGCCGUCCACCCCGACGGCACCCUCGUCCAGACCGGCGGCUACAACUCCGGCGACCGCAAAAUCCGCCUCUUCACCCCCUCCACCACCAACUACGCCGCCGUAAACGGCGGCGACGGCGACGGCGACGAUUCCGACUGGGUGGAACUCCCGGCCGACUUGAAAGUCCGCCGAUGGUACGCCACCAAUCACAUCCUGCCGGACGGCCGCGUCAUCGUAGUUGGCGGCCGCAAACAAUUCAAUUACGAAUUCUUUCCCCAAAAUACCCCUCCCGAGAUAUUCUCCCUCCCUUUCUUGAACUCAACAAGGGACAGGUUCGAAGAAAACAAUCUUUACCCGUUCUUGCACUUGCUCCCCGACGGAACCCUCUUCAUUUUCGCCAAUCGGAGGUUGAUCUCGUUCGAUUUCUCAAAAAAUCGGGUUGUUAGAGAGUUUCCGGCGAUCCCCGGUGAAAAAAGGAACUAUCCAUCAACAGGAUCGUCGGUUUUACUGCCGUUGAGAGGACGGGAGGCGGAGGUGAUGAUUUGCGGUGGGGCGCCGAAUUUUGCGUUUUAUAAGUCCGAAAAGUUUAGAGUAUUUGUGGAAGGUUCUAGAACAUGCGGGAGGUUGAGGGUUUCGGAGUUCGAUCCGAAAUGGGUCAUGGAGCGAAUGCCCAUGAGCCGGGUCAUGUCGGAUAUGAUACUUUUACCUACGGGUGAUGUGCUUAUCAUUAACGGUGCUUCAAACGGGACGGCCGGGUGGGAGGAUGCGGUCGGUCCGGUUCUAAACUCGAUUCUUUAUUAUCCGACCCAAUCCGACCCCAGCAAGAGGUUUCGAGUGAUGAACCCUUCUGCCAUUCCGAGAUUGUACCACUCCUCGGCUAUUUUGUUGCCAGAUGGCAGGAUUCUAGUGGGUGGGAGUAAUCCCCAUGUUAAGUAUAACUUCACGGCGUUUUAUCCGACGGAGUUGAGUUUGGAGGCGUUUUCGCCGCCGUACAUGGGCCCAGAGUACUCUUCCCUACGCCCUAAGAUCGUAUCCGUUGAGGCGAUGGAUAACGUGAUAUUGUAUGGUCAUAUGAUUUCCGAAGAAUUCUACUUUUACAUGAUAUAUUCAAUUUGUGUACUAUCAAUUACGCCUGGGUAA